GACCUUCUAUAUAUAACCAGCACAAUUGCAGCCAUUGGACACCCUCGAGCAGUUGAAAAUAAUUACAUCUGUUGUUCCAUAUAUAUUUAGUGGGAGCCAGCAGCCCUCGAUCGAUCCUAAAGCUAGGAUCAUGAAUAUCCAAGCACAUAGCACGUUUGAGAGAAUGAAACCAUUCCAUGCUGUUAUAUUCUUGCAGUUUGGGUUUGCAGGGAUGGAUGUUCUCUCGAAGGCUACCCUAAACCAGGGGAUGGGCAAUUAUGUACUUGUUGUCUACCGCCAUGUCGUUGCCUUUGUUGUCAUUACCCCUUUUCCAGUGUUCCAAGACAAGAAAGUAAGACCAACGAUUACACUUGCAAUCUUCACCAAACUAAUAGUCCUCAGCUUACUGGAGCCAGUAAUUGAUUGGGACUUGCAUUUUUUGGGGAUGAAGUAUACAAUUGCAGCUUUUGCAGCUGCUAUGACCAAUAUUCUUCCUGCCCUUACUUUUCUAAUGGCCUUCAUCCUUAGGCUUGAGGUGCUAAGAUUCAAAAGUAUCUGUAGCUAAGCUAAGGUGGUAGGGACCAUAGCAACAGUUGCAGGAGCCAUGGUCAUAACAAUGGUGAAAGGCC